UACAAAUCAUGUCGACACUUCCUGGAGACUACAGGAAUAACAUGGCGGCUUUUACGGAGAGCAACUAUGAUCGUUUGUCAAUUUCAGUGAGGGUUAAGAAGAAAGAGGUCAAAUACUCCAAAUUCUAAGAAUGUGGUCAUCCAAAAACAAGGAUAAUCCCUGGCGGUUUUUCCGGCGCCCUUCUGGUAGUCGGUGCCGAUCCAGUCAAAGUGAGCAUGAUUCACGAGAUAAGCAGACGACAGGACAGACUGCUUUUCGCAGAUCAGCAGACGACAGAAGCAGGAACCACGAUGAUCAGGAAACGGAAGUAGUCUUUUACAAUGAGUAUGACGACAAUGCGAACGCCAAUAUUUUUGAUAAAUUUCUUUUUUACGGAUUGAGAAAUACCCAUACAUGUGACAAGCAAACACAGACCGACAUGGUGGACGAAACUUCUGUAAAGCAUGAUACCGGUCGCCGGUCUCCUGUUAAGAAAAUUAUCUACUCAAGGUCAUGUGAAACCUUGGGUAGGAAAUCGACCUUGAAACCGCAUGCCAGUCGUAGUUUUGAUAUUUCUAACAAUAAAUACAAGAAUCAUUUCGAUUAUCAGCAGACGACAUUUACAUCUGACAAUCUUAAAUUGUCAUUGAAAAAAUUGAAAAAGUCAAACGACAACAUAUCACCAAUCAGGCAUACAGAAAAGUCAAUCUUUCCAGAAGGUCAAGGUAUGACCGAAGGAUUUUAUAUACAAAGGUACUCUGGUUUUUCACCUACACACGAAGGGAUGUCGCAAAAUGAAUUAAGUUACGAAGAAUUCCCAGAAAUUCCUAAUCACGAGGAGAAAAUACGUAUGAAACGUUUUUCGGAUGAAGAAUUCUGUUUGGACUUAGAAACAAACCUGAGAAAUAUGUCAUGUAAAGAUAGAACUGAAGGUCACUACAAAAACCAGUGGAGCCCUUUCCAUCAGGACCGUGAAAGUGAUCCAAUGUUUUACGACUAUCGCCAACCAGAUGAAGUCAGUUUGGUCUCAGAACGCAGUUGUUAUUCAACAACAUCAGACGAAGCAGACGACGACUAUGAAAUUAUCGACUGGAGUCAAUAUACCGAUGAUUACAGGGAAGAGGAAAAUGGCGCCAAACGGAGGUCUGAUGCAUUCAACACCCCACCCACUACACCAACAAUAGACCUAAGCGCUUUGGAUGGCUACCACACGGCACCUAACUCACCAGAAGUGCCCAGUAAACAAGAACACUCGUAUACUGAAGAAAGAAAGUACACACAGUUUUAUGAUAAAGAUGUUUCGUCUGAUUUUUCAAACAAUCAUUGUGCGUCUAAUAAAAAGCGUUCGAAAGAAUUGAUAGGCUUUGUUAAUGGUAAAGAUGGUGUAACAUAUCAAAACACUGUCAAAAAUUCUCAUUAUGGUCAAAGUCUGUGUUGCAAAUGUGGCAAGUCAACUAAAGAUGGUAAUAGAAAUGUUCCGGUAGAAACAGCUGAACACAGAAAUGAAGCUGAUAUCCGAAAACCAGCAAAUGAACAGUUAAGACAAAAUCAAAAGGUGAAGGUCGCUGAUUCGAGAAUCCUCCGCCUAGAAACCCCGCCUUUUAUAUCUGUAAAUAGUUUACAUUAUGAGGCGGACCCCGAGACGGGAAAAGCAAAAGUUAUCGGUCGCGGAAGUUUUGGACAGGUGUACAAGGCAAGGUUUUCGGACCCAAUGUUCUGCCAUCUACCGAUUGUGAUAAAAGAAUUUGACGAAGAAUUCACAAAUUCUAAAGAAAUUGUUGAAGAAGCCAAGCGACUGCAUUAUCUUCAAGAUACUGGGUAUGUACCUAUUUGUUAUGGUCUCUUGUGUUUUGGCUCUCCUAUCCAGCCGAAAUAUGGAAUCGUGCAAGAGUAUGUCGGAACCGGACUGACUUUGGAACAAAUGCUCUGGGACCAGUAUGAACUUCCGCUGGAAUUCUGGUUCCGUAUUGUGAUACAGUGUUGCGAAGGGCUGGCUAGAUUCCACGAGAAAGGGAUUCUUCUAAACGAUAUAAAAACAAACAACAUUUUACUCGAAUUUUUUGAACAUUCUGUAAGAAUUAGAUAUAUUGAUUUUGGACUCGCUACGGACAUGCGCGGGAAGCGAUACAAAAACACAAGAUCAUUGGACGAUUUCGUCUACCUAGCACCGGAAGUGAGGCGAGAUGGCAAAGUUACCAACAUAGCGUCUGAUAUAUAUUCCCUAGGAUACAUUUUGGAGCAAAUAAAAAAAUAUACUAGUAUUCACGAGUUGACUGUAGUGGCUCGUCUUUGUAUGGACAGGGAUCCAGAUAUGAGAAUUCCACCACGUGCAGCAGCCAGUCUGAUAAAAGACCACAUGGUUAAACUUGGUUUCGACCAAAUGGUUUCUUUUGACAUAUAGAUAUAAUACUCUGAUCAACAGAACUGUUUGCACUAUCAGUGUUAUAGAAUUGUUUAAGUGUUACGAGGAAGAAAUUAUAAAAUUAUUUAUAUUGAAAUAUCAUGUCUUAUAGGUCUAUACAAAUAAGAACGACAUUUAGGAAUGGAAUGACACUACACCUAUAGUUCGUAAAUAAAAUUUGAUGCCCUUUGGCAGAUUAUAGUUGAAGGGCGGGGAUGAUUUGAAACUUGAUCCCCCAUUUUGUAACUGUUGCAAUGGAAUUCUUUCAUGUAUUAUCAUGGCGAAAUUACAAAUAUUAUAAGAAUUUCUUGAUCUUGUAAAAGUCGAUAUCUUCGGUGAAUAUUAGACAGGUAGGCAACGCUUAAAUGUUAAGGUUUUUUUUAUCAAUUUUUAUUGCUUUUUCUUGUUAAGGACAGAAUAAUAAAUCUAAUAAAUCUUUGUAGAUA